GGAAAUUGAGGCCGUGCCGAUGACGGAACAGGUUAUGGAUCCUAACAUAAAAAUAACGGACGUGCCGGACGUGGAAGAAGCCACUGCAGACUGGGAUGCGAACUGGGACGGGAACAAGGUUAUACGAGAUAUCGCCUAUUAUAUUCGGGCACACAAAUUUCAAGACUAUGACCGCCGGUAUUACAAGCAUCCCGAGGAUUCGUUGAGCAAACUUUACGAGGAAUUUCCGAAACCACCUCUAAGGUCUUUACAUUGGGAAGUGCGUAGACACUGCGAGGCGAGUUUCGUCGAAUGCCUGAAAUAUUUGGAAAGGAUCAUUAAGCAAACUGCCCUGAAGCGAGAGGAUGACACUGUCACGGUCAUGAAAGAACAGAAAUGGAAUCUUGUCGACAAUGCCAAACAAGUUCUAGCCGCUCAAAAGGACUGUCAGGUGGCUCAGAGGCGUGACAAUCUAACCAUGCCUCCCUUUCAAGGUCCAAUAGAACGGUUCCAGUGGCGCACUACGGUGAGUUACUACAUGUGCUGGUACACGAUGCUCGGCGUCCCAGAAUUGAGCAUUUUCGGGGAGACCUGCGAUAACCACGCCAACUGCCAGGUCGAAUCGGGGACCGGGAACGAGGAUCCGAGAGCCGAUGAUACGGAACCAUAUGCCUGCGCUCUUUAUAGUUUCUGUCCGGAUCAUUGUUGUCCCAUGAAGCGCAUCCGGGGCAUGACGGAUUGCCAUCAGUCGCCGCUCAAUCCUUGUUACGCUGAGAACCCACCGGCGUCCAGAGAAUGUACGCUGAAUCGGCAAGAGAAUCAGGAUUUCCUUAGCUUGGCGGCGAAUAAGAUCAACAUCAGUUGCGAGUGUCAAGAAUCUGGCUACGAAUGGUCUUCCAUGUUCAGCCUUUGCGUCGAUGUGAACGAAUGCAAUCGCGGUGAACACGGUUGCUCGUUGGAAAAUGGAGAAUCAUGCAUGAACUUGCCCGGUGGUUACGAAUGUGUUUGCAGAUUUGGCUACGUUUACGAUUCCGAACGAAGGACGUGUGUCUUCAGCAAGGAGAUUGCAGAAAUGUUGGUUGGAGAAAAGGAGGAGCCGAAUGUCACGGAAACAAAGAGCAUCAUCGAAAGAAUCGUCAAAACAAUCGCGAGAUCGCCUAGUGAUCGCUAUAUAAUUAAUGAUGCAAUUCUUUUUAUCGCGAUCGUCGUUGGUUUUUGUUAUUAGAUAAGAUGCGAUGAACUACAAUAAACA